UCAAGACGGGGUAUGUGUCAAAUCAACAUAUUUUUCUUAUCAUAUUUCUCUUUCCGUUGGUGUGUGGUUUCCCGACUUCUUUGGUAGUUGUUGUUCAGUUACGUUGACCAGUUCAUAAAAUAUUAGCGGACAAAAUGGUAAAAAAGAAGGCCCCAAAAAACGCGUUUUACUUUUUCUUUACGGAGUUAAAAGCAAAACAGAAAACACCAUGUAGUAAUGAAAAAGCUGUGGAGUUGGCUUCGCCUUUAUGGAAUCAAAUGUCCCCAGAGGAACGAAAACCUUACGAGGAAAAAGCUAAAAUAACUAAAAAAAAUCUAGCAAAAGAAACUUGUGCUGGCGAAUCUGUUUACAGUGUUUUAGCAGAAGAGAAAGAGAAAAUCCAAAAAAAGUCUAAAUCAAGAUCAGACAUUGAGACCAUGCUUAAAUUGGCUUAUAGUGAUGGAACCCUUGCUGAAACUAAUUUUUAUCUCAUCCAUAUCAAUAAUUUCCUGUAUCAUGAUAUAAGUCGAAAGUAUUACCCCGCCGAAAUCGCGCUUGGAAAAUUUAAUCUGCAAAAUGGAAUUAUAAAGAAUGAAGUUUAUCAUAGUGUAAUUUACCCGGGAAAAUUCCCAAUUGGUUACACCUUAACUGCAAGACAAAAAUCUGAAGAAACCCACAAAUUACCAAUUGAUUUUGGUUCAAAAAAUAAUGUUCUAGAAGUUGUUAAUAAUCUUCUGGAUUUUAAUAAAGAUCACGCGGUUUUAUUUGUUACAGAAAGCGAAUUGGAUACAAUUGAAAAGAUUUUAGACAACAUGUUUGAAGAAUGUCAACUACCCAAUCCUUUUAAUAUUUAUCCACUUGAUUACCUAUUGUUCAUCUUAAAAAACAUUGUUCAUGGCGCCGAAAAUAACGUUUGGCCAAUACUAACUUUAGGCACUGUGGCAUUAGAAAAAGACCUCUAUGGAAUGUGUGAAGAUAUCGCUUGUGAUUAUCACCAAACCUUGGAGCGACAACUAUUUUGCAGCUUAUCAAAAGUAAUACGUUGGGCGUACACCGUUUGCGAUAAUUGCAGUCAUCAUUUAGGAAUUAAAUUAAUUCCUGGGCAACAUGUUCCACCCAACGCUGAUAUUAAAACCAUCACUGGCCGUCUUGCAGAAUCAAAAUUAUCUUCAAAAUCAUCCCAAAUUUCAAGCAAUUCAUGUCUCAGUGGAAAAACGCCAAUUCCCACAACUGUUGCUGCUCCAAAACCAAAUUCACUUAAUUAUGAUAUUAAUAGUGACAUUGCGAGUUAUCAUGGUUUUGAGAGUAGUGAUGGAAGAGAACAAGAUGAGGAGGAACAAUGGAAGCAACCAAAACGGGCUAUAAGAUUAAAAAGAAAUCAUCAAAUGCAAGGAAAUGAUGAUGCAUUUAGCGCAUGUAGUGGUUCACAAAGCCAAACGCAAAGUCAAUCGCAAAAUGAACCUCUAAAUUUGUCAGAUUUGUCUUACAGGUCAACUUAUUUACCUGGUAGACAUCCAGAAAGUAUUUCUAUGGUUGGAUUUCGUGGGAGAGGACGUGGAAAACAUAUUAAACGCAAUGAAUAAUUCACCAAGAUAAUACUAAAAAUUACAGCACAUAACUGUUAAUUUUUUCUUUUAAAAGUUGAUAUUUCUUUUGUUAAAUGUGUAAAUGUUGUGACGUUUACUGUUUAUCGUUAAUGUUAAAAAAAGAAUGAAUCUAACAUUAUAUUUUUAAAUCAUAAAUAGUCAUAAAUACAAAAAGAA